UUUGCGGGGCCGUUCGGAGGCAGCCAUGGCCUCGAAUUGCGCGGGGGGAUCGGCGGCGGGGAGCGGCGGAGCGGCUCUGGGUUCGGCACUCAGCGCCAGCAAAACCAAGACCAAGAAGAAACACUUCGUGUGCCAGAAGGUGAAGCUGUUCCGGGCUUCGGAGCCGCUGCUCAGCGUCCUCAUGUGGGGGGCCAACCAUACGAUCAACGAACUCAGCAACGUUCCUGUCCCUGUCAUGUUGAUGCCCGAUGAUUUUAAAGCCUACAGUAAGAUCAAGGUGGACAAUCAUCUGUUCAACAAGGAAAACUUGCCCAGUCGCUUUAAAUUUAAGGAGUAUUGUCCUCUGGUGUUCCGAAACCUCCGGGAAAGGUUUGGGAUUGAUGACCAGGAUUACCAGAACUCGGUGACACGAAGUGCCCCAGUGAACAGCGACAGCCAGGGCCGAUGUGGGGCCCGGUUCCUCACCACCUACGACAGGAGGUUUGUCAUUAAGGCCGUGUCGAGUGAGGAUGUGGCAGAGAUGCACAACAUCUUAAAGAAGUACCACCAGUUCAUAGUGGAGUGCCAUGGGAACACCCUUCUGCCCCAGUUCCUCGGCAUGUACCGGCUCACCGUGGAUGGAGUGGAAACCUACAUGGUGGUUACCAGAAACGUGUUCAGCCACAGGCUGACAGUGCACCGAAAAUACGACCUGAAGGGCUCAACAGUGUCCAGGGAAGCAAGCGAUAAGGAGAAGGCCAAGGAUUUGCCGACGUUCAAGGACAACGACUUCUUGAAUGAGGGACAGAAGCUGCAUGUUGGGGAAGAGAGCAAAAAGAACUUCCUCGAGAAGCUGAAGCGGGACGUGGAGUUCUUAGCUCAGCUGAAGAUCAUGGACUACAGCCUGCUGGUUGGGAUCCACGAUGUUGACCGAGCAGAGCAGGAAGAGAUGGAAGUGGAGGAUCGGGCAGAGGAUGAGGAGUGUGAGAAUGAUGGCCUCGGAGGGAACCCCAUCUCCUCGUAUGGAACCCCCCCAGACAGCCCUGGCAAUCUCCUCAAUUACCCUCGCUUCUUUGGGCCUGGAGAGUUUGAUCCCUCUGUUGAUGUCUACGCCAUGAAAAGCCACGACAGUGCCCCCAAGAAGGAAGUGUACUUCAUGGCCAUUAUAGACAUCCUUACACCAUAUGAUGCAAAGAAGAAAGCUGCACACGCUGCCAAAACAGUGAAACAUGGGGCUGGGGCAGAGAUCUCCACCGUGAACCCGGAGCAAUACUCCAAACGCUUCAAUGAGUUCAUGUCCAAUAUCCUGACAUAGUCAUCUUCAGCCUUCAGAGGAACGCGAGGAGAAGAGGGGCUACUUCCCAGGGGAGAACGCAGCCUGUGACACUAAAACAGACUCUGUAGCAGCAUGUGGGGUGUGUGAGUGAGUGAGUGAGUGAGUGAGUGAGUGAGUGAGUGAGUGAGUGGCACUGCGUGACUUCAGAGACAACGUAUUUUCAGUGCACCCCUCCGACAGCCCACAUCGGCCAGGUGGGAGAAAAGGGGGGGUAAAGGGGGGGGGGGGGGGGUUUGUUACAGAAGUGCCCAGACAUCAAUUCGAGGGCUUUUUAAAACAAGAAAAGUGCAUUUGUUGCCAGCACUGCUCUUCCUGACGGUGUUUCCUCCUCUCUGACCAAGGGACUCCCAGGGAUGUGACAUGAGGCGCUGCGCCUGGGGGUCACUCGAGCUCAGCUUUACUUUGGAGUAAAGCAGUGCCUGAUGCCACAAACUCCUUUUUUUAAUUAAUUAAUUACCAUCGAAUUGUCUUUGCAAGAAUGACCUCCAAGCCCUUUUACUUCCCUCGCUCUAAGAAUUGGAAGGAAAAUCGCUCGCCGUCUCGAGGAUGGAAAAUAUGACACUGAUAAGGAGGAGUCGCUGAACUUUAGGUGAAU